AGACAACACGGCGCAAAAACUCACCCACACAACGAGACGCAAUAUAGACAUAUUAUUUAGGAUCCCGAAGAGAAGGUGAAAAAGAGCAUCGUCGUCGUCACUUUGAUCCUUCAAAAGGACUAAAGAUGAUGCGUAGGGCGUUCAUGCAGGUCGCGCGACAAUUCAGCGAGAGGCCAAACAUCAUCGAUCAGCCGCCGAACAAACUAAUCGGCCCUAACUUUCAGCAAUGGUUCUACAACAAAUCUGGAUUCAAUCAGUAUGGUCUUAUGCGUGAUGAUUGUAUUCAUGAGACUGAAGUCGUGAAGGAAGCUCUGCGAAGAUUGCCCCAGCACCUCCAGGAUGAACGUGUAUUUCGAAUUGUUCGCGCUGGUUAUUUGAGCCUGAGAAAUGACAUCCUGCCCAAAGAACAGUGGACCAAACUAGAGGAGGAUGUUAAAUACCUUCAGCCGUACAUUGAUGAAGUUGAAGCCGAAAUUGCAGAGAAAAAACGGUGGGAAGCAAGUGAUUAAUAAUCAGCCCUAGUACAUCACAUUCAAUGAGAGCAACAUAUAGCUAAGAUUUAUAACACAUUUCUUCAAUAUAUUUAUCAAAAAUAUCGCGAUUAUUUCUUGUUUUCAGGGCGAUUCUUGUACAUAAAAUUAUAUAUUAUAGAGCAGUUGAAGUGAAUGAAUAAAGUUUCAAACUAAAAGCAA